AACGAUGUAAAAUAAUUUAAAAUAAUUAAAUAAUUGAGAAUUAAUAUCAGUAUACUUCAAUCAUCAACACAGUGAACAGCAUAUAUUAAAUAAUUUUAAAAAUGAAUAAAACUACUUGGGGAUCAAUUUUUGUUGUUGUUUUUUGCAUAUUAUUAACACAAGGAAUAGCAUUUGCAUUUAGAGCUGACAAUCGAUUCACUCUAAGCUAUAUUGCAUUGUAUGCUAUUGGAUUUCAAUGGAUUGUCUUCAUUCAUGCUGGAGGAUUCUUUGGAAAUGAGAGGACCGAGAAGUACUAUGAUAUUGUUGGAAGCAUCACAUUCAUCACUACAACGAUCAUCAAUUCAGUGUUCAGUAAACACUACAAUAUGAGAACUGCAUUGCUUAAUACUCUUGUAAUCAUCUGGACUGUUCGAUUGGGAGCAUUUUUGUUUAUAAGAAUUCAUAAUAAUAAUGGAGUCGACGCAAGAUUUACUGAACUUAAACAAAAUAACUGGCAAUUCCUAAUGACAUGGACGCUACAAGGUGUAUGGGUAUUUAUGACGUUACUUCCAUUGCUUAUCAUGGGUCAAAAAGAAAACAGCAUUAAAUUCAAUGUUCUGGAUUAUAUUGGAAUCAGCCUCUUCAUCGUCGGAUUUUUAUUUGAAACAAUUGCUGAUUAUCAAAAAUUCCAAUUUCGUUUGGUACCUGAAAACAAGGACCUCUUUAUCAAUUCUGGAUUAUGGAAAUAUUCAAGGCAUCCAAAUUAUUUUGGAGAAAUUCUAUUGUGGCUUUCAUUUUCUCUCAUCGCAUUCAGUGGAUCUAAAUCAUAUGGCGUCUUUAUAUCUCCAGUAUUUGUGGCAUUAUUGCUGAUUUUUGUUAGUGGAAUUCCUCUUUUGGAAAAAAGAGCUGAUGCUAAGUUUGGCGAUAAUGAAGAUUACCUGAUUUAUAAAAAGAAUACUCCAGUAUUGAUUCCAUUAAUUGGUUGUGCUGGAAAUUCUAUGUUUUAAGUUCUUUAUGUUUCUGAGUGGGACACAUGAGUCCAGCACUCAGGAUCACGAGUUAUGUUCAAAAUACACAAUACUCUGUUAUUGUAUCAUCUUAUAAAAUGCAUCCACUAAUUAGCUGUAGAAAUUUUCAAUAACAUCAAAGUAA